AGUGUUGAGGCGGCGGAGCGGCAGGCGGCGCGCGGCCGGGCUCCGGUCCCGGACGAUGGUGCCCGCCAAAAAUGCUGCCGCGCCUUCUCUUGCCGCUGGUGGCGCUCCUUAGCCUGCGCCUCGGCUCGGACGCGCAAGGGACAGAACUGCCCAGCCCUCUGUCUGUGUGGUUUGAAGCUGAAUUUUUCCACCACAUGCUUCACUGGACGCCCAUCCUGAAUCAGUCCCAAAGCACCUACUAUGAAGUGGAGUUCCUGUGCUAUGGCGAAGAGUCCUGGAAGGCCAUCCCCACCUGUAACCAGACGCUGGCGCAGUCCUGUGACAUCACUGCAGUGACCCUAGGCCUGUACCACAACAACGGGUACCGAGCCAAAGUCCGAGCAGUAGACGGCAGCCGGCGCUCCAACUGGACCAUCAGCGACACCCGCUUUACCAGGGACGAAGUGACUCUGAAAGUUGACAGCGUGAAGCUAGAGAUACACAACGGCUGCAUCUUUGGGACAAUCCAGCCCCUCAGGCCCAAGAUAGCCCCCGCAGGUGACAUGUACGAACACAUCUUCAAAAACUUCCGCGAGUAUGAGAUCGAUAUUCGCAAGGUGCCGGGAGAAUACACGUUCACAAACAAGAAGGUAAACCAUGAAAACUUCAGCCUCCCAGCCUCUGGAGAGGUGGGAGAGUUCUGCAUCAGGGUGAAACCAUCCGUCGGCUCCCGAACUAACAAGGGGGUGUGGUCCAAGGAGGAGUGCAUUACCCUCACCAGGCAGUAUUUCACCCCGACGAUCCUCAGCAUCUGCUUCACCUUUGUGCUGCCGCUCUGCGGAGCCCUGGUGUACUGCCUGGCCCUCCAGCUGUACGUGCGGCGCGGCAGGAAGCUACCCUCGGUCCUGGUCUUCAAGAAGCCCAGCCCCUUCAGCCUCGUCAGCCAGCUUCCCUGCCCAGAAGCCCCAGACAGCAUCUACCACCUUGACGUGGAGGCCUUCCCGAAGGUGUCCCCAGAGCUGAGGAACUCAGAAUUGCACGGCAGCACCGACAGUGGCUUUGGCAGUGCCAAGCCAUCCCUGCAGACUGAAGAGCCCCAGUUCUUCCUCCCUGAACCCCACCCCGAGGCCACUGGGACCAGGGGGCAGGGGGAGCCCCCAGUGCUGGAGAACAGCUGCAGCGGAGACAGCAGCAACAGCACAGACAGCGGGAUCUGCUUGCAGGAGCCCAGCCUGAGCCCCAGCACAGGGCCUGGCUGGGAGCUGCAGGUGGGGAGUGACAGUCGUGGCCAGGACGACAGUGGCAUUGGCCUAGCCCAAAACUCUGUGCGGCAGCCUGGGGGCACACAAGGCAGUUCAGCCUUGGGUGAGGUCAGCCCCCCAAGGCCUGAGCUGCCUGGGGAAGAAGACCCAGCUGCGGUGGCAUUCCAGGGCUACCUGAAGCAGACAAGAUGUGCAGAGGAGAAGACAGCCAAGGUCGGCUGCCUGGAGGUAGAGUCCUCCUCAACAGAUGGCCUUGGCCCCAAGUUCCGGAUGUGCCUAGGUGCUGAGGCAGACUGGCCUCCUCCAGACCUGGCCAAAGGCUAUAUGAAACAGGACCCCCCAGGAAUGACUCUCCUUCCCUCAGGGGCCCCAACUGGACAAUGGAACCAACCAGCUGAGGAAUGGCCACUCCUGGGCUUGACCAGCUGUGGUGACCUGGGAACCUCGGACUGGAGCUUUGUCCCGGAUCUUGCCCCUGUGGACUGUGUGGCAGCCUCAUGUAGUCUCCUGAGCAGCUUUGACUCAGACCUGGUGGCCCUGCCACUGAUCUCCAGCCUGCAUGCAAAUGAGGACCCAGGCUAAAGGGAUGCACUGGAUUUUAGCCAUGCGUGAUCCUCCCCUGGCUGACACUGGAUAAGGAUUGUCCUCGGGAGGAGGAGAUGUCCCCAGGAGAUCAGAGGUGAAACAUAAGGCCAGGCUGGGCACUUUUCUGCAAGCCCAGUGGUGCCAGCGCUAGCAGGCCCCACCAGGCUGGCCACAGUGGACAGGGACAGAAGGAGGCAAUCUCAUUGAACUAGUGCAGGGCAUGGGUGACACUGACCUGUUCUCUGAAUGGGCCCUUGUGCAGUCUGGCAGAGCUGAGGCAGGGCAAGACCUCCUCCCCCUCGGGACUCUUUCCUGCCUCAGAAAGGAUUGUUUGCUCAGGGGAACCACGGGGUUUUCUGGAGUUGUGGUGAGGCCACCAGGCUGAAGUCAGCUUGGCCCAGGCCUCCCUCUUAGGCCAGCCGUGUAUCAGGGCCUCCAGCAGACUGGAGAGCUGAAGGAUGAAGGCUUCAGGACCUUAGCACAAGAGUCAUUGCUAGAGGGAAACAGGAGGCAGCAGAUCCCGAGUUUGAGGCUGGGAUGGCCACACAGAGAAGGCAGGGAGGUUGUCACUGAAAGAUGGUAAGGUGUGUCUGCCCAGGUCAGUCAGUCUGUCUGCACAUCAUUAUGGAGCCACAGGGAUGAAGUGAGCUGAGAUCCAGAAUGGGGCUUCUGGUUCAAAACCCAUCCCUCUGCUGGGGUGUCCCUAGGGUCUGUCUUCAGAUAUCCCCUAGGGCACAUGCAGUGGCUAGGCCAGUCACCAUCUUCACCCUGAUGGCCCACCAUCUUGCUGACAGUACCAGAGGAGCCAUGGUUGUUUGUACUGGCCAAAACUCAGUCCCUCAGGCAGCCUCUGGGCUUGGGCACCAGUUCAUGUCUGCCCCAGACGGUUGGGGCUGGGACCUGCUCCUUGUAUUUGCUAUUGAUGUUCAGCUACAGACCCAGAGGACAGGGCUCUGGGCUGGGAGCCCUGCUCUCUCAGUGUUCAGCAGGGUGACCUUGGGCCAGCCACUUCUCAGAGGGCCUCAGUUUCCCCAGCUGUGAAAUAAGGACACAGUCUCCAGGCCCUCUGCCAUGCUGGGUGUUAGCCAAGCUGGCCUCUGGGCAACAUUCCCAACCCUGCCUGACCCUGUGCUGGGAGGAGGUGGGCUCCAUGACCAUGUCUGCACAGAGCCAGCCUCUUUCUCAUGCUGAGGGCUAGCAGAUGAGUAGAAGUCCAUGCAUCAUGCCCAGAGAACCGCUGGUCCCCAGGGGUCCAGCAAGGGCAGGUGUGGGCCCUGCUUCCCCGUAGUCAGCUUGGAAUCUGUCUUCAAACAAACCCAGUUCACAGUCCAGAAGCAAGGAAUCCAGGAGGGGAGACGGGCCUGGAGUGGUCCUGCAUUUCUCUGUCACAUUCUGAGGACAGACAUUCCAGCCCAGUAAAACCAGCCAUAGCCCUGUCCACUCUGCUGUGAAGCUCUAAGGUACUAGUCUGAUAACUGAACUCCCCCGGAAAUCCUUGAGGGAAGAUUCCUCAGGGUUCCCUUGAAAGGUUUAUUUAUUUAUUUUUGGUCAUUUAUUUAUUGAAGAGGCAGCAUAGUACGGUGGGAGAAUUCUGGGGACUUUAGGAGCAAAGUUCUAGUUCUGACUCCACUGUUUAUAGCUGUGUGACCUUGGGCAAGUCACAUUUCCUCUUUAAGCCUCAGUGUCUGUAAAACUGGAAAUCAGUGCCUGACUUGUCUAACUUAUAGGAAUGUGAGACCCCAUUGAGAAAAUGGAUGUGAGUGUGCCUUGAACACAAAGCUCUGUGAAUGAGUGAUGUAUGUUUUUACCCCCCAAUAAAGUGUCAGGACCACAGGAAUCAUGAGACACCAACCAGAUUUCUGAUGACACAGUCCCUGGAGGAGGACUCGGUUGUUGAUAAUUGAGAAUGACUAUCACUAGGAUAUGGGAUGUCAGCUUCAAAAACACAAGACCUGAGGACUCAGACAAACCCAGGUCCAAGUCCUCGUGUGCCAACAUUUAUUGUCUGUGACCUUGGGCAAAUUACUUCACCUCUCAAAGUUUCAGUUUCCCCAUCUGUAAAAUGGGGAUAAUAACACCUCAUGGGGAGGUUGUGCGUGUAAGUGAGACCACGUAUAAAGAGUGUAGUACGGUACCUGACACGUAGGUGUUCCAUACACAAUAGCUAUUAUUAGCUGUUAAGGCUGUAAAGGGGAAAGGGGCCAUUUUUCUUGGAAACGGUGAAAAUGAAAGAGAUAAGAAGUAUGUAGAGGAGUUCUUUUAGAAGACUGGAAAGGAAGCGGUGGAAAGUACAGCACAACAUUUUGAACGUAAACUCUGACAGCUUGGAAAGGAGAAGCCAUGAGCCCCUCCCUCCAGGGAAGACCUCCCUGGAGCCCCACCUCCUCCUGCCCUGGGCCCAGAAGUACUUCCAAGAGGUGGUUCUCGUAAGGGUGGAAGCCAUGUGCAUUCUCUUCUAAGGCACUUCCAAGAAAAACCACACUGGCUUUGAAUCACUCACCAAGCUCAGCCCAGAUAGAGCAAACUCAGGCCAGUGACCUGCACCACCUACCUGCCAGCUUUACUCUUUGUCCCAGCCUGAAUCCAGAGGAAGGAACUGGGGACACCUCAUCUCUUUUUCCCUGUAUCAUCUUGAACUAUGCCUCUCCCCUGUUUCAUUCUAAGAAAAUCCUCAAUUCUGGGGAAGUGCUGAUCCUAUCACCUUCAGAGAACUUGACUAAUAUCACACCAUUUCAGACCUGUUCAAACUCUUUCCCUAUAGGCCUCCUUGUCAAGAUCGGUAAUAGGCUCAGGGUCAGUCACUUUGUCCUAGAAAUGAGGUGUUGGAAAUGGCUUCUGCCCCAAGGAAGGGGCCCUGGAGGCAGGUUUGGUUGAAGGCUGACCAAAGAGUAAAUACAAAGAUCCAGAGAAGAGGAAUUAUCUUAAAGGGGCUAGAGCCCAUCUAGUUGAAAGAGACAAGGUAGGAAGCAAUUUGACAGGCAGAUAAGAGGCCGUGGGCUCUGGGUGCAGGCCGAGCCUGUUGCUCUUCUAGAAAAUCAGUAGGAGUAUAUGAUGGUCUGCCUGUGCCUUUAAGCUAACCUCUCAUCACAGCCAGGGUUGUGGGAGAAACUGAGAGAGUUCUUCCAAACAGCUGAGGCGUAGGAGGGGUGGUAGAUGAGAAACUUCCAGACUUCUAGGGAAUUUGGAUUGAAGUUCCCCGCAGAAGGCCCUGAUAGUUCUUAAACUGAGCAACCUCCUCAUUCAAGGGCUUUUCCAGGCUGAGGAAUGUGUAAUUCUACAUUUCUAUGAGCUAAUGGCACUUCCUCUUAGUAAGGAGAGAGGGGAACUGGGCCAACAUUGAAGAGGAAAUUCUAUUGAACUGUGUUUUCCCAAGUUUGUAAAUAAACCCGUUGCUGUCAAUUCUGACCCAUAGCAACCCUAUAGGACAGAGUAGAACUGCCCCAUAGGAUUUCCAAGGAGUGGCUGGUGGAUCUGAACUGCCGAGCUUCUUGUUAGCAGCCGUAUCACUUAACCACUGUGUCAAAUAUUCAGCUUUGCCCUCCCCAAAUAUCUCUAUCUUUCUCCCACCACCACCUCUUUCUGUCUCUCUCUCUGCCUCUCACUCUCUCUCUCUCUCUCUCUCUCAGUCUGUCUCUCUCUCUCUCUCUGCACACACUGUAAUAGAAUACACCCAACCCCUAAGCAAGGUUGGGUCACACCCCAGAGCCAUGCCCCACCCACACUGCACUGCGGCCAGGUAUGAGUUCUCUGAGCCCUGCACGGGAGCAGCCGAGAAAGAGGAGCUGUAGGCUCACAUACUGAUAAUUGUGUGAGGCAGGUUCAAGCAGUAAGGGCUGAUUUUAUCAAGCCCCCAACCUAGAGGAUACUAGGUACUGGGAGGUUUGACUCCUGUUUCCUGUAGUGCUCGUGGGUUUGGGAGUUUCUUUUGAAGCAAACCCACAAUUUUAAAUUCAGGGCAUUGUAUUAAUGAAUGACCCCACAGCACGUUUGCUCACUAUCGGCUGGCUCUUAACUUCAACUAGUUCCCAUAAACUUUCGAAAGGGUGGUAGGACCCAAUAAACACCUCCAGCAAGGAGGGGUGGAAUAGGAUGCAAUUAGUGUUCGAAAAAGAUGAUCCUACACAACACAUGAGCCAAGAAUCAGAGAGGGUAAGUUGGGAGAACUGGUUGGAGGCUCUUAUUGCAGUCAGUACUUCAUUUAUUCAACAGACAUUUUAUUGAGCACCUACUGUGUGCCUGCCAUAGUGCUCAGCCAUGGGUUCAAGGUGGUGAACAAAAUAAGCACAGCCUCAUGGAACAUGCCAUCUGGUUAUGAGGGAAAACCAAGCAAGUAAACACACAAACAAAUACAUUAUUACAAAUAGUGAUGAGUGCCAUGAAAGAAAGUAAUAUUCCACACAAGGGGCAAGGCAGGAGGCAGAGAAACUGGGUAGGAGGCUUUUACCAUAGUCCAUUCAAGUGACCAUAAGGGCUUGAACCUGCCCAGGGGCAGUGGGAAUGGAGAGGAAAGGACAGAUUCCAGUGAUAUUUUAGGAAGAAUUGGCAAGACUAGGUGGCAGACGGGCUGUAGUAAACAAAGAAGGAGGAAUCAGAGGUGCUAAUCAUACUGAAACCUGGACGAUGAGGAAAGUGAAGUGUGGACUUGGAGGGAGACACAGGCAUUUGGAGACGGUGAGUUCUGGCUUAGACAUAACAAGACACCCAAAGGAAGGCCCUUCAGCAGCUGGUGAGGCAGUCCUGGCACUGGGUGAGGGCUGGGGAUUUGGAAGUGAAAGCCUUGUGUUCACCCUGACCAACUUCAUGUCUCUUAGACAAUGGUAGCCAUCACCAAGAGUGCAACUGAGGGUUCCCUUUGAAUACAACACCCGAGAAGCAGACCUGAUGGGCUCUGCGGCUCGCAUGGGUAGGGGGAGAAGGAAGUGGCGGAUGGGUGGACCUGCUUCUAUCUGCAGCACGAUCAGCAGAGACUUGGGUGUGGCUGCCACACCUAGAUCCCUCCACCUUCAGGGGGCAAGAGGGGCUGAUGCAGGUUAAGGCCUCAUGAUGGCCCUGGAGAGAACAGUAGUAGUCUUCAGAAUCCCACUGCCUGGUCACUCUAACCCUGGCAAUACCCUUCACUUCCCGACGCACCCAUCUACCUAUCCCCUAGCGCAGAACAUCUCAAAGUAUUAUCUAUUUAUCACCUGCAUCAGAAUCACCUGGAGGUGCUUGUCUCCCUAAUCUUCUCUCUGCGGCCCAAAAUCUCUGAGGGUAGUUCCCAGGAUCUGCUCUGUUGUAGGUGAUUCAGAUGCACACUCAAGUUUGAGAGUCACUCCUUUAGAGAAUAACUGGUUGAUUUGCUACGUAUCCCACUAAAAUCAAUCCUUCUCUCCCGACUGCCCCCUGGAUGAUGACACCUAGCCCAAACCUUUAAGUACUAUCUAGAUGCUGAGGGCUCCCAAGUGUCCAACCAGGCCCCUCCCCUCAACUCUACUCAGCCGCCUACUCAGCAGCAGAAUUUUUUAACAUGCAUCUCAAAAGCAGCAGGUCUAAAACAGAGCUGUGGAUUUCUCACACACUUGUUCCUCCCCAAGUCUGCCCCAUGUGAGUAAAUGGCACCACCACUCACCCAGCAGUUCAGGCUCAAACUAAGGUCAACCUAAAAUUCUUCUUUUCCCUUUACACCCCACAUCUAAUCCAUCAGGCAGGUCUUAUCAGCUCUUCCUUCCAAAUACUGUAUUUUUAUGCAAAUAACAUGCGCAUUCUACGUUUGUUUGCCAACUGCUCCCUCUCCCCAGGAGAUAUUUUCCGAAAGCACAGCUAUGCUCAUUUUUUUUUUUACAGCAACAUGUUUUAAAAAAUUGGCUUAGCAGCACUUAUGAACACACCUGGGAGUGGGGGCGUGGUUGGCAAACAAACAUAGAAGCCUCAGGGUAUUUGUGUAAAAUAUGGUAUACAGUGACUUCAACCAGCUGUCACCAUCCCCACCACUAUCAACCAGGUCAAAUCUAUCCUCAUCUCUCACCUGGACCACUAGUGGUUAGAGUCUCUUGCUGUCCAUCUGCUUCUACUCCUCUUUCCUUAGUCUAAUUGUCAUACAGUAGCCAUUGUGAUCUUUAUAAAAUACAGCUCAAGUCAUGUUAUUCCCCUGAUGAAAGCCCCAUGUCUACUCUUGGUGAGCUUUAUAAUCCAAAGGAGUUGGUACCUACUACUCCCAGAACACAUCUCCUCCACACUCCCCCUUGCCACUCUGCUUCAGCCAUACCUCUUGCUGCUUCUUGAGUGCAUCAAACUAAUUUCCACUUCAGGUCAUUUUCACUUACUCUUCCCAGGUCUUCUCCUGAAUUCCUUCCUUGUUUUAUUCAAGUGUCUGCUCAAAUGGAACCUCUGUAGAGAGGCCUUUGGUGACCACCCUAUCUCAAAUAUCCUUCCCACCUCCAUUCCAGCUCUAUCCCGGAUUUUUCCCUUCAGAGCACUUACGGUUACCUGAAAUUAUACUAUCUACUUAUGUGUUUAUUUGCCUCUAGUCUGUCUCUCCCAAUAAAACAUAAGAUUCGUGAGGGCAAGGACUUUGUCUCUUUCAUUCACUCCUGCAGUCUCAGAAUCUAGAGCAUAUAGUAGGCACUCGGUUUGUAUUUGUAGAGUGAAUGAAUGAGUGAAUAAAUAAAUGAAUAAUGAUAGAAUUACAAGAUAAUGUGAUAAGUGCCAUCUUAGUUUAGAUUCCCCCAAAAGCAAAAUCUUAUUUGGAAGAUGAUCCGUAGGAGCAGGGAUGGGGGACCAGGAGAGAAGGAAAA